GAAAAAAAUUGUUCUCAUUACUGAAGAAAAUGUAUAACUAAUUACCCUUACAACUAGCUAUUAGUUAGCUAUCAAUUGUCAAUUCACCUAAUUCCUAACUCUCAACACAAAAAGUAUUGUGACAACUAAAAGCGAACUGAAGGAACAUAUUUUGCCUUUUUUCACUAGAAAUUUUAUCAUUAGACAAUUUUCCAUUAAAGCUGAGGUCAUUUAUUGAGCUAGGUUGUAUGUUGGGUAAAUAUUCCCCCGGAUAAAAUAGUGAAUAACGUGAGUGCAGCCGCUGCUGCAGAGCUCAAUGGCAUCUGCUGACAGAUCCUUAAUCAUUCGUCUCAAAAGAGAAGACUGUAAGCGCACUAAACACGAUCAAGCUUUCUCCGAUUGGAAGAUUUUAAUUGGCCCUAAUGAUUGGGAAGAUCAUUUACUGGGGAAGGAAGGCGCAGAGAAAUAUAGGACUCAGAACCUGCCAAACUGCACCUCGUGCUCUGGAGUUUAUGAAUUGGGAAUAGCUGUGCCAUGGCUCCGAUCUACCAGACUUGACCCUGAUCAUAUUGUUCCUGUGUAUGUUGGAAAAUCUGACAGUGUUAGGAUUAGGCUGCAGCGAUAUGGCCGUGAAGGUGCUCAUUUAGAGAAUGGUUGCUCGAAUAGUGAGCUGCACGACAAUGAAAUUAUAUCUGCUUCAAAGAGAGCAGGAUUAUUUACAGAAACAUUCGCAAGAGGCUUCUCUAUUGUUUACCGGUGGGCGCCUACAAACAACAAUAAAGAUGCUGAGAGAACUGAAGCCCAGCUGCUCGACAAAUUUGAUUAUGCUUGGAAUAAAGGCAGUAAUGGUGUACGUCGCCACAAUGAUGUCCUCUGCAAGCUUGAUAGCAUUUCAAGAGCAACUCAUCUUCCUGCUUUCAUUAGGAAGCUUCAAUUGUCCCUUGAGAAACAAAAGGGCGUCAGAAUCAAAGCGUGCAAGCCCCUUUUAUUGAAGAAUGGAUCUGAUUUUCAUGAUAGCUUCAAAAACACCAACUUCCUUCCCCAAGUAUUCAAAUUUGGGCGAUCUCAGCCAAGGAUAGUUUCAUUUAGUUUUGGUGUAAAUGACGAUCCAAAUACUAUUUGUGGUGUGGCUUUAGGUCAUGGAUCUGUUUGCAUAAGGCCUCCAAUAGCAGGAAAUAAAAGAUGUGCUGAGCACAAGGGAAUGAAGGUAAACAGUGUAAAUUCGAAGUUGAUUGCAGAAGGAAAUGAGAGCACAAGACCUUGCGAAAGUAGAGGUGAAGAAAAUGCUCCAAUUUGUGGUUUUAUCUUGGACUGUGGUUCUCCUUGUGCAAGAAAACCAUUCCAGGGAAACAAAAGAUGUCUAGAACACAAGGGAAGGAGAAAUCGGGGCUUCGUUUCUCAGACAAUGACAGACAAAAUUGGCCGGUCGACCUACAAUCCGAUACUGGAAUACAGGACUUCUUCUAGUAAGGACUAUCAACAGAUCUUAUCUAGUAGAACUGAUAUACAACAGUUUCAACAUUUCUCCAGUUCUCUUAUCCACCAUAACCACAAUGUCAUAUGUGGAGUUCAUUUAAAUGACGGUAGUUUCUGCACCCGGCAACCUGCAGUAGGAAGAAAGCGCUGUGAAGGACAUAAGGGUAUGAGGGUUAAAGAGCCCAUUUCUAAGCAAUUAGGAUCUGAAAUACCAAGUGUAUUUGCAGGUUCAGCUGCCAAAAUUAGCAGUGGAAAAAAGCAUUGGAAUAUAGACACUCCAGCAGUCAACCAUUAUCCAACUUGUGGAGCAACCUUGCAUAAUGGUUCUUUUUGCAGAAGGAAACCUUCGGAAGGUAAUAAAAGAUGUUGGCAGCACAAAGGCAGAAAGAAGUGAAUAAGCACUCCACAAACUGCAUAUGUAGUUUAAUCUGUCGUGGUGCCCCCUCACGCACUGGUUCCUAUUGUAAAAUGUCUCCACACCAAAGGAUGUAGUCUAGUGCUCAAUGAUACUGGAACGAAGACCAUAGGACGCCAGGGUUUGAAACUCUGCAGAAAGAGGAUGCAUGUACCUAAUGGAAUAGACGGGUAUGCACAGGCUGUCUUAGACACAACCAAUUGCAGUUAGGAGAACGCGUUGGCAGCUUAAAGGCAUGAGGGAGGUGUUCAGACGUUUCAACCGGCGCAACAUAUUAGCAGGUAUAGUAAUUUGUGAGGACAGCAAUCUUCAAAUUUGUCAUCCGUGUGCUUCAAUUAAAUUCUGGGAAAUCUUCUGAUUGCUAGUGUGAGUAUAUUUACAAAGGAAUAGUAAUUUGUGAGGACAACAAAUCUACAAAUUUGUCAUCCAUGUGUGCUUCGAAUUAAAUUCUGGGAAAUCUUCUGAUUGCUGUGUGUGUAUUUACAAAGGUAGUUUGCUGUGUGGAUUUGCUGUUCUGAAGAUAAAUUAGUCCUACGGUUUGGUCGUGCUUAACAGCUUGAUGCUUGUUGCUUUGUAUUCUUUGAGAUGAAGAAGUCAAGGUGCAUUGAUGUUAAUUUCUGUUUGUAAUAGGAUUAUACUGUUCACAAAAUAAUUAAGGUUGAAUAUUUAUUAUUUUA